UGUAAGCCAGUCGCAGCAUCUCUCCUCACUGCACCAGGGCUGAGGGACUCCUCGUCACCUCUCUUCCCUCGCUGCAGUUUUAACUCAUCUCCAUCAAUGCAGUCAUCCUUUUUUUAUUUUGCUUGUUGCUUUGGAUAACUGCGUUGCUUUUUCAUUUUCCCUAUUCAGGAUUCAAGGAUUUAUUUGUUGAAAAAAACAAACCCAAAGCAUGGAUUGCCUUGUUUGACUGAGGCAAAAGGGGCUUUUUCCAAAACCCAACGCUAAACACCGGGACUCCAACUGGGACUUUCUUUUUGUUGCUUUGCUGCUAGAGUGGAUUCCCCCCUUUUGUUGAACUUCCAGGGUCUUGAUCAGAGUGAAAGAUGUGGACUUAAAGACAAAGGCAUAGGAUCCUAUACAGCUUUUGAGGAGUAGUUAGAAAAGCUACGGUUGCAUCAAGCACUUGUGGAGAAGGUAUUAUGUCAGUAGCAAGUUUAUGGGAUAAUUGAAAGGUGCACUGAUUGAUUCUGAGACCUGUUUCUGCAAGUGUGGCCACAGGGAUUUCUGAGGAGUGGAAGUGAGUGGAGCUCUGAGUUUAUCAGCUGGCCUCUCCUUACUCCUUGAGUGUCCUUUCACCCAACCCCAUGGGAUUCUGACAUUUCACCCUUCUAUCAGAUCCUGGAUGUUUUCGCAUUUUGUUUUGUUUGUGCAACUUGCAGUCCAGUAACUCUGAGAGGCAAGCUCGUACUUUUGGAUUUAAGCCUUUUCUGCGUGACGGAGAUAUUUUGACACGCUUUGUUUGACCAAAUUCUAGUAAUGCCUUAUAAACAAAUUCUCCCCCCACUGCCGUAUGCGCUGAAAGAGCUGUGACAUUAUCUGCUGUGGACAUCCCGCUGUUAUUGUAGCCUGUGUCUGUGUUUUGAUUUGGACAAUAGCUGGGCAUGCAUGGGCUCCAGACGCUGACAGAGAACCACCAAAAUAAGGGAAGCCUCCUCCAUCACUCGCCACAAAUUGAAACUUUGACUUAAACUGAAGAGCCAAUCCUUAUGAGGCUCUUUAAAAUAAUCUAAGAUAUAUUUUUUGUGUUUGGGAGUAUCUGCUGGAGGAAGCAUGCUCUCAGUUUUGUCCCGUAACCUUGUGUGGUUUCCUUCUUCACAUCUUCUGUGCUCUCUGCCCCUGUGGUGACGACUUAAAAUCUCCAGCCUCCUGGUGGCAACUCUCAUUAAAAUCAUGCGACGAGGCCACAGAUCGGGGCUCCAAACCAGCAGGGAAACUCGCCUCUGGGAUCGAUGCUGGUAGCGGGACUAAUGCCACUUCACUUUUGGUUGAAUCAUUUUUCCUAUUCCACCGACUGCCAUGACCAGCCAUGCUCAGUUUGAAAGAAGAGAGAAACAAGUUGCCAUGCUGUUUCAGAGACCGUACUGAUUUUCCUCCAGUCACCGUUCACUUGAUUGAGACCCAGCGAUGUGAGGGUAUGCUGAGCAAAAGCACAGGUGUGCUUGAGAGAAUAAUACGCUUUUUGAACUGAGGGGUGGUGAAGAACCAGAGGGACACAGGCAGAACUCCGGUUUCAAGUCAGUCUGCUUAUGGGUGGCAUACGACAAAUCUGACUCACCUACACCGAGAAAAUGAACCACUCUGAACUGACGACAGAUCCUACGCUCACCGCCAACAGCAGCGAUGGAGAUAUCUUUUCUGGCAGGGUCUCCAACCACUCCUGUCCGUUGGGAUGGGGGUUGAAGGAAGGCGUGGAGGCGUGCAUAUUGGAGACUGUUGUCAUCGUGCUUUUGACGGUCCUCAUUAUCGUCGGCAACCUGACGGUGAUCUUCGUGUUUCACUGUGCCCCUCUGCUGCAUCACUACACCACAAGCUACUUCAUCCAGACGAUGGCCUACGCUGACCUGCUGGUUGGUCUCAGUUGCCUUGUGCCCACCUUGUCUCUGCUACACUACCCAGCAGGUGUCCAGGAACCAAUCACGUGCCAGGUUUUCAGCUACGUCAUCUCGGUUCUGAAGAGCGUCUCGAUGGCCUGUUUGGCCUGCAUCAGUGUGGAUCGUUACCUAGCCAUAACUAAACCACUAUCAUACAACCAACUGGUGACGCCAUGUCGACUACGAGGCUGCAUCGCCAUCAUUUGGGUUUACUCCAGCCUGGUGUUCUUGCCCUCCUUCUUUGGUUGGGGUAAGCCAGGAUACCAUGGGGAUAUAUUUGAAUGGUGCGCUCACUCUUGGCCCACCUCGGCCAUAUUCACUGGCUUUGUGGUGUGCUUUCUUUAUGCACCCGCCGCACUAGUCGUCUGUUUUACGUAUUACCACAUCUUUCGCAUUUGCCAACAACACAACAGGGAGAUCAGCGAACGGAGAGCCCGGUUCCCCAGCCAGGAGAUGGAGCCCGGGGAGGGGAACAGCGGUGGGCAUCACGGAGGGCACGGACCAGAUCGACGCUACGCCAUGGUGCUGUUCCGCAUCACAAGCGUUUUCUAUAUGCUUUGGCUUCCUUACAUAAUCUACUUUCUUCUAGAGAGUUCCCACGUGUUAGAUAUCCCAGCCCUGUCCUUCAUCACCACAUGGCUGGCCAUUAGCAACAGCUUCUGCAACUGUGUCAUCUACAGUCUGUCGAACAGCGUGUUUCGCUUGGGCAUGCGCAGACUGUCACAGACUAUGUGCUCUUUCAGCCACUGUGGUGCAGACGAAAGGGAUUUUGGGGAGCCCAAGCCGAGAAAAAGAGCAAACUCAUGCUCCAUAUGAGUGACUGCUUUAUUAACGGGGUUUAAAUUCUCUUAAAAAGUUCAUUUUCAGUAGAAAAUCUGGAAAGGCCUUUCUGUUUUGUCAAAUGAUAAUCUUGACUCGCUCAAAAAUAAAAUGGUGACUGGGGUUUUCAAGGAGACGGAUACAGUGUCUAGACAGAGAAUAUUAAUGAGAGGUGGGCUUUCUGUGAUGGAUUUUAUUAUACCGCACCACAGAGGCUUAGUCAGGCCUUUACAUUUUGCCAGGCCGAGUGCAAAAGCAAAACGACAAACAUCCCCAAAAAAUGAACCAUUAAACAGCUAAUUUUACCUUAAUGCUUGUCAAACUUUUAUUUAUACUUGUGAUUUUUAAUCCUUCAUAAUGUCUAUUUAAAUCCACUUUAAGAUCCCUCAUUAACAUUAGACAUAUUUAAAGACACGAACAGUGACCAUGACAACAGCAGCUGAUAAAUAUUAAAGUACAUAAUCAUGACUGUUUUUUAUGUAUUCAGUUAUUUAUUUAUUGAGGAAAAUAUCGUUUUUCUAGUUAUUCAGUUUGUUUUCCUUCGACCACAGAUCUGACUGUUGAAAUCAGCGCCUUAACAAAGUUAUCAAUGCAUUUGAUUUAUUUAUUUUAUUUAUUUCUAAACUAAUUAUUAGCUAUAAAUGGAAGAAAGCAUUUUUUUUCCCAAAUGUAGGGAUAGUCGCCCAGAUGUGUCUUGUGUUUUCUGUGUGUUUUAGAGUGAUGUGUUGAAGAUGGUAGUGGAUUUUAUUUUGGAGCAGCAAAGUGUGGGGGUUUAGAUUAAUGUAAUCUGAUGUAGUUUGAAACUGCUGUAAGGAUAAAUCUGAUCUGAAAUUACAUGCCCAGUUGUGUAAAUGUUUAAGGCUGCAGGAACACGGUUAUGGGUCGUAGAUCUGUGCAUUGAACAGUACUCUAUUAUUCUUUCUUGUUUGUUUCGUCUUAUUUUUCUUAUUUUUUACACUUUCUUCUUAAUAGUGCUCUUAAUCAUUUUUCUGCUCUUUUUAUCAAUACAUUGUGAUAAAUAGGAAAGAUGACGCAAAGCCCCUCACACAAAGGUUGGUGGGAAUGAAAAUGAGAUAAAACUCACAUCUAUAUAAUGAAAUUAAAGUGUUUUACCAGACAGUUUUUAAUAUACUGACAGUUUAAAAAAUAAAGAAAAGAAAAAAAAAAUUAAAACUGUAGUUCUUUGUUUUAAUUUUAAUUACUUUUCCUGUUUCGUCACAGCCUGGCCAAAAUAUUUCAACCUCUUAAACCUUUUUUCAUAUUUUUGAUGCUACAUCUAUAAGCUUGAGUGUAAUUUAUGGGAUGAACCAACACAAAGUGGUGGAUAAUGGAGAAAAAUAAACAUGAAACAUGGUUUCAAUUGUUGCAUUCAUUUUUAUUCAGACUUCCUGAGUCAAUAUUUAAUAGAGCAGCAAUUUGCCGUAAUUAGAGCUGCAAAUUUUUUAGAGUACGUCUCUACCAACGGAGACUCAAGUUCUGCUCCUUUGUCUUCCAAAAAUAGCUCAAACUCAGUGAGGUUGGAUGGAGAGUAUCUCUGGACGUAAAUAUUCAAGUCUGGCCAGUGAUUCUUCACUGAUUUCAGGUUUGUUCUUGCUGGUCCAUUACAUACAAAUAUAUUUUGAAAGCACCUCAUUGUAAUUCUGGAUGCAACGUAAGUUAACUGACCUUCUCUUAAAUCUUUUCCUGCCUGAACGGGAUUAUAUUCGUUUAUUUGUCUCCAUUCAUCGAUUCAUAAAUUGCAAAAACCCGUCCCUGCUGAAGGAAGGCAUCCCCACAGCAUAAUGCUACUCCUACUAUGUGUCAUUGUUGAUAUGAUGUGCGGUCCAGUUCAUCCUAAGUCUCUUCUGACCGUUCUUCCUCAUGUUUGCAGUUUGCUCUACAUGACUGAUUGCAAACUUUAAGCAGAAUAUCUUAUAGUUCCUUUAAUUACUUUUUUCCUAUUUUCCAUCAUGACCAGAUUGUCAACAGAUGUCCAACCUGAGCCUGUGGCUUUAAACUUUUGAAUUUAAAGCCAGAAGUUUAAAUAAUUUAAGUUAUACCUUCUAACCCAGUUUGAUCAAAUCUGUAAGUAUUCUGCUUAUAAAAUUAAAGAAAUUGUAUUCAUCCUCUUUCAUUGAUGCAUUACUUUGUGUUGGUGUAUCACAUAAUAUCCCUAAUAAAAUACAUGGUUGGAUUUAGUUGUAACAUGUUAAAAUAGAUAAAGGUUCAUGGUUAUGGGAUAUUUUGUAAGGGAUAGGAUGCAAGCUUCAAAUAAAAUGAAAAAUAGCAUUUAGUUUUUAUUCUCAUCUAUUGCUUAAGAGCAAAAAUAUUCCAGUUUUAGCCCUGACCAGCUGCUUCCUGGUAAAAUAUAAUUAAUGUUUCCAAUAGGAGCUUCUCUCAGUUGAAGUCCCAUACUCUCACAGUAAUGUUUAAGCCUUAACAUGUUAGGUACUUUUUGGGAUUCUUUUUGCGUUUAAUAGGAAAAGCAACAGAGCACACGUGUCCCUUUAGGACUGUGUUUUGCCCAUUUGCUAUUCUCUGUGUUUUCCUUGCUUUAAAGCUGCUGAUUGCAUUGUCGUAUGUUAAAAAGCAGAUUGCAUUCAGACUUCUUAGGAGUCAGUGUGGCUUUGUUUUUAAGCCAGGAUUUGGUAAAUCGUAAUGUGACUGGAAACGUUUGUUUCUUGUAGCUUAAUGAUCUACCGCCUUCAUCUCUGGUUAAAAUAAUGAAAGGUGAAUUCUGUGAAGCUACAAAAUGUUUUUCAUGCAGCUUUAAUGCACUACACAUUGUUCUGCUUACGUGCCUAAAAAAAAAAAAGGUUGUUUUGUAGGAAAUGGAUGUUUAGAAAUGAUAAACAUGAAAUGCUGCAUUUUUAAAACCACCCUGAACAUAUUCAAGGAUCAUUGGACUUUCUUUGCCAUGACUUUGUGAAAACUACAGUGACAACCACUGGAACUAUGAGUUGCUUUUAAUCUUUGAUUUCUCUCUGUCCCAUCUGUGGUAGAUUUCCCCUUUGUAGCUAUACUGUCUGGUCUAUAUAAAGAAUAACAAAGGGAAGCACCAACAAAUACCAGCCUCACAAUACUCUGUCAUUUGGCUUUAAUGGGAUGCAUUUUUGGUGCUUCUUUUUUUAGUUCUGUUGGAUUUUAGGUGAAAAUUAGGUCAGGUAGAGCAAAUGUGCUGAUCAGUCCUGUAUAAACUUAAUGAUGUGGUAAAAACUCAUAAACAGAGAAAGAAAAGUUUCUUUUAAAGUAAACUUAUACAGUUCAUUUGUUAAUAAAAUUGACUAUGUUUACUUAAAUUGCUAAUUAUUCUUCAUCUGGUAUGAUUUUUUACAGGGUAUGUCAAAGAUUUAAAAGAAAAAAACGACAACAAUAAGUUAAUGUUUCUGUACGGCACUGAACAAACCGCAGUGGUAGCAAGUCAAAAACUGUAACAUGUUGUAAACAAGUCCUCUUGAUUUCAUGUGCAUUGAUAGGAACAUUUGCACACGACUAUAAAUUAGAGGGUGAUAGAUAUUUAUUAAUAAAGUGGUUUAUAAAUAUUUACACAGUAUACUGUAUAUUGGAAUACUAUAUGUAAAGUGUGUGUAACUUGUUUUUACUCUGCUGUGAUCCUCACUUUUCAAAAAGAGAUAAAGCAAGGUGUUUGUGCAUCUAUUUGUGUUAAAACAACCUGUAUAGGCUGCUGCUGUUUUGAGUAGAAGGUGAGUUUAUUAAAUUACACAAUCUAUAUUUUUUUAUUUUGAAACUGUGUCAAAAAGACUAUGGUUUUGCUGUUACUGCCGAACCAAAUAAAAGUAAAAAAAAUAGUUGACGUACA